AUGGCGGGCCAGAAUCUUAAUCAGACAUUCAGUUACCACCUGCAGAUUGCCAAUUUUGACAUCCCUACCCCAGUGAGCUACCCUGUGUUCACCAUUGGUCUCCUGCUCUCUCUGUUCUCUGUCUUCUGUAACCUCACCAUCAUGCUGUUGCUCAUCACACAGCGGACUCUCCACAAGCCCAUGUUUUACAUCCUCUUCUCUCUGCCUAUCAAUGACUUGAUUGGUGCUACAGCCUUCUUCCCUCAGCUGUUGGUGAGCAUCCUGGCUCAGAACAGGUCCAUCUCCUACCCUGCAUGCUACCUCCAAGCUCUGCUCGUCCACCUGUACGGAGCUGGCUCCUUAACUAUCCUGACUGGCAUGGCUUAUGACAGGUAUAUCGCAAUCUGCUGUCCACUGAGGUAUAACUCCAUCAUGAGUUCCAGUAACUUGAUGAAAAUCCUCGUUUUCAUGUGGCUUUGGGUCAUUACCCUGAUUGUGGUUCUCUUGGCUCUGGUCACUCGUUUCAAGAUCUGCAGAACAACAAUAGUGGAUAUUUAUUGUAACAAUCCGUCAUUGGUGAGGCUCAUUUGUGAUGACACACGUAUAAACAACUACUAUGGGUUGUUGAUAACAGCUGUCUUUCAGGGUGUAUCGUUGAUAGUGGUUAUAUUUACAUAUAUCCAGAUCCUGCUCACCUGUGUCAUGAAUAAGUCGCCUGAUGCCCGGAGCAAGGCCAUUCAGACAUGUGGAGUCUCCCCUAGCCCAUGUAUCUUCUGCUGCUAA